AUGGACAGCAGCGGUGAACACGCCGGUGGUUUGAGAUCCGUGCUCCUGUACACGCUCAACGCUGACAGAGGAUCAGUGCGGACGGCUUCCGGGGAGACGGGGGAGAACGUGUUUGUCACCAUCAUCGAUGUGAAUAUGACCCGUACCAUACUGGUCCAGUCGGACCCAUCAGCGUUAAAUGGCACCUUGUCCCUUUUUGAGACGCAGACUUUGGUCCCGAUCACUGUGCUGUGUCUGCUCCUCUUCCUGUUGGGGAUGGGAGGGAACGUCGGAACGCUGUUUGUUUUCCAGCGCUACAGACAACUCCGAUCCAACACCAACUUGUACCUUGCCAGCAUGGCCCUCUCCGACAUGCUCAUCUUCCUCGGGCUGCCCUUCGACCUCUACCGGCUCUGGAGUUACCAGCCUUAUCCUUUUGGGGACUUCCUCUGCCGUUUCCUGCUCUACCUGAGUGAGGUGUGCACAUACACCACAGUCUUACACAUCACCGCCCUAAGCGUGGAGCGAUACCUGGCCGUCUGUUUUCCCUUCCACGUCCGGCGGGUGGUGACCCGAUCCAGAGCGCGUCUGAUCAUCGCGCUCCUGUGGGGUCUGGGAGGGGCGACGGCGGGACCCGUCUUCUUCCUGUUCCACGUGGAAGGCCAGGAAUGUCGUCCGUCAAAGGCAGCGGUGAAUUCAGGCCUCCUGAAGGCCAUGAUCUGGCUCUCCACACUCUACUUCUUCCUGCCUUUGGCCUGUCUCUGCCUGCUCUACAGCCUCAUCUGCCGAAGACUGAGACACAGGCAGAACCAGGGCUUCGUCCACAGACAGCACAGAAAACACAGACACACGGUCACACUGCUGGGCUUAAUGGUGCUGGCCUUCACUCUCUGCUGGCUGCCCUUCCACGUGGGUCGGGUUCUCUUCUCCAGUGUGAUGUGGACGGGAACCGGACACAGAGGAGAUGAGAUCCUGUACACCACCUCUCAGAACUUAAACUUGGCCUCCAUGGUGCUAUUCUACUUCAGUGCCUCUGUCAACCCUCUCCUCUACAGCCUGCUGUCAGUGCAUUACAGACACGUGCUGCAGGGGCUCCUGCACCCCCAGGCCUCUAGGGGGACCCCUCACAUUUCACUGCACAGUUUUAGGAGCCACAGCAGCAUCCAGAAUAACGCUCAGCAAAGGGCCAGCAUUUAG